AUGUGGUAUGGUAUGCACAUACAAGACCUUCAGGAGAAAAGAGAGGUUGGAAAUGGACUCCUCUACCUAUCUCUGCUUUUCGAAAUUCUACACUCUCAUCGGAGGUUAACGUUUCAAUUGAUCCAACUUCACAACUACAAGUACGUAGGAAAUUUGAGAUUAUCUAUUGUAAUUAUUUUAAUAUAUUUUUAUGUGCGUCUGGCUCUCGUUUAUCGCAGUCGUGUGGCUGUGUCCCGGGUGAUCACCUACCAACUACCGCUUCGAGUUGUUCCAAGCAGGAUUGAAUUGACAUCGCAGCUCCAGCUUUCUAAUGACAAAGUCGCCAUUUGCUGGAAGGGAGAGCCAUCAGUGGUACAAUUCAAAGUAUCGUUAGCGACAUUGGACGGCAACUCGCUAUUCACGGAUACAACCGACAAGAGAUGUUAUUUGCUGCAAUCCUUAUCCAAGGAAAAUUGCUGCCGAGUUACAAUCAUGGAUGUUACCGCCGAAGAGCAGGGUUACUCCACCAGCGUUAAAUUGGAUCUAAUGCAGCCAAUAGCAUCACCAUCGGACGAAGAGUCUCAAGCAACAACUCGUCUAAUCUUCUCAACGGGAUCAAAACUGCUACAGCUGCGUAACGUUGAUGACUAUAUAGUGUCUGAAGAGCCGUUAUCCAUUCCCUUCGAAGUUCCAGAGGGAGAAUCCAUCACAAGUCUUGAAGCGAUUUCAUCUAGCUCCCUAGUAGUAGGAAGCAGUCGUGGUUCUGUAUGGUUGCUAUCUUUGGAGUACAAUGACACCACAGUGUCGACAACGCCCAAUGCCAUUCGGCAGGCGGAUGAAGAAGGUCAUGCUGUCACACAGAUAGAAUAUGACUUCAUGCAAAAUGCCAUCUACGUAGUUUUGUCCGAUAAGGGUAUUGCGCGUUGUACUUUGAAAACUCCCACGUGUUCGUUUGUGACAAACGCUGAUUCACUUAAUCCUACAAGAAGUAUUGCAGUCGAUAGCGUUAAUGGCUUCCUCUAUCUCCUUGGCGCGGAUCAUCAAGUUUAUCGCACUGAACUGUUUCCUUUUGAAGUAGUAGAAAAUUACAAACUUUCAAAUGUUGUCCCGUUUCCAGGUACUGUUUUGGCAAUAUAUUCAAAUUUGCUUUACGCUGAGGACAAACUUCUCACUCUUCCAUUCAGAUAUUCCUCUGACAUCGGCUAUUGA